AUCAGGAUGCAGAAGUGUUCUUUUUCUGCACACGAUAACAGAGAUUUAUAUAAGCAAUGCGACUCGCAUUGAGUCGCAAACCGGUCGCGGCUUGUCGCAUUGCUCGCAUUGCCCGCAUUGCUCGCAAAUCGCGAGGGUCUGCCAGCAGUCAGGCGCGCAGCAAUGAAAUCCCCGCCAUACCGUCGCGAUUCGCGAACUACACGGCGGCGCACUGGCCUGCAAGUACAAAACUGGUUAUCCUGCCCUGGGGUUGUUGUAGUGGCGGCUUCGCUCUCUUACCCAGGAGCGCAGUGUUUAGGUUUUAGAUUUUUCUCGGGGAACAAAAAAGAAGCCAUGAUGGAAGGCUGCCGUCGCGGGGCCCGCGCUAGGUCUAGCGAAGUAGGUUCAGAAACGACGCCGGUGUGGGUGUGUGUUUGAUGUUUCGGCGCACUUGCGGCGCAUCUUGUUGGAGGACAUCUUUUCACCAUCACCUGCCGGCACCCACCCCGACCGAGAUACUAGGUAGCUUCGUUAUAUAGGAUUAGGACUUACUAUGGCGCCCAACUAGGAUUCGAGCGUGGGCACUCGCAGACGAACUUGCGAGAACGACUCGCAACACUUGCGACAGAUCUGCGCGCUCGCAACUCGCAAGACCUCGGAUCGCUGUCGCAUUGCUCGCAUUGCUCGCAAAUCGCGGCCGGAAAUUCCUUAUAUAAUUGACUGCGAUAAUAUUAAAAGAACUACCAUAGUGGUACAAUCAAAACCCAGCACGACAUACCCUCUACUCUUAACGAUGCUCUACUUUCAACGUAUUCAAUAGCUUUAGCUUUUUCAAAUAGAGAAGAUGGAGACCAAGAUGCUUGAUAUCCAAUGAUUUUUUUCACGGCGCACUGAUAACGACCUACGACUCUCGCAAAAGUUUUUGAAUCACGACCGCUCUUUUUGAUGAAUAUCUCGAUAAUGCAUGCAUGGUUGUAGUCUUAUGCAUGCCGGCACUAGGUGCAGGUGGGGGCCCUGCUCCGAUGUAGCAUUAUGAUUUGACGAAAGAAUAAGCGACACCGCUACAAAAAUUACUUACAAUGUUGCUGACCCAGUAAUCACCAAUCUUCGGCACUAGAAGUAGGUACGACUUCCACUGCUCCUCAGUGAUUGCGGAAAUAGACUCGACACCGAAGAGCCUAGAAGUGGAAUCACUGGACUGCAGCUGCCCGUUCUUUGAAAAAACCACUAGUGCAAGUGGUGGACUUUCACCUGAAAGAACAACUUUGUGUAGUUGUGUCUUUCGCUUUUGGAGGUAGUGCUGAUUUCCGAUUGGAUGAUUGCCUACCACGACCACAAGCUCCAGAACAACUUCAUCGUGAAUCUCAGUGUCGAUUUGCAGCUGCUUCCUGAUUUUGUGUAAGGCCAAAAAAAUGUAUGCCCGGG